AUGCGGCAUAAUUUUACAAAGUUUUGGUCCUGGGCAGGCGGAUCCUUCGAUCGGCAGGAACAGAAACCAUUGUCCAGAGAUUGGCUCUCCUGGAAGUUGAGAUGGUGGUGGAUAAGCGCUGUAUGCCUCGUCGAAGUCGGUUUCAUCUGCGCUCUUGCUACUCUGACAUGGCUGUCGAGAAGAAACGAUGGGGUGGUUGAUGUGUCUGUGGUCCCCAUUUCAUCAAUGUCCGACUUCUCUAUUCCUCACCGGGGAAGCAGCCAGCUACGUUGGACAUUUGUACCGGCGUUAGUCAUGGCUCUAUUCCUCCUUGCGUACGGCGCAAUUGUCACCGCAAUGGCUGUCCGCCAGCCUUUCGUGGAACUACAGCAUGUUCCCAAGGACCGCAGGAACAUAACAGUCACCUUAAUGUUGGACUACAUGACGUAUCCCCUCUUCUACGUUUGGGUGAUUGCAAUGCGCAACGGGCAUGUCGUUGUUGGAUUUGCGUUUCUAGCUCAGCUGGUUGCUUCUGUUUCCCUCGUUUCCCUCUCAGCAAACGUCUUCAGGGCAGACACAUCAACAUCCGUCUCAGCUAUCUCAAUGACAUUCCCCCAAGAAUUCAAUGUCGACCUAUUGAAUUCAAGGACAGACAUGCAGCCAGCUCUAGAUAUCGCCAGUGCAGUCCACAUUCACGGUGCAACGGCUCCAACGUGGAUGGCUGCUGACUAUGCUUUUGAAUCUUUUCGACCGGUUGAAGAAGGAAUUUCCGGAAACUUCACUGCGAAAACAUUUGCGUUAUCUUCUUCUCCGGAUUGCAGACUUAUGGAUCCUUCGGAAUAUAGCGCUGUGUUCGAACCUUCAGAUGAAGAGGGAGUCGGCUCUACAACUAUAACAAUGGUCGACCGUGGCUGCGACGUCUGGGGAAAUAUUGCUUUCUCUCCCCAGACCCCAAUUUACGCAUUGAGCUGGUACCAGCGGUGCAGCGAUGAGCCAUACGAUCGCAUCGGGAUAUUUGCGGGUCUCUACUCAAGCGAAUCGCCAGGGAACCUUCAAAAUCUGACCGUUGUAUCGUGUAGGCCGAAGUACUGGAACUCAACCGUUUCCUUGACGAUGUCGAUGGAUUCCUCUAAUAGCAGCGCCCCCAGCUUUUCCUCGGCCCAGGAAGAGAGUGUUGUGGAGCUGGAUCCACUGAGCAUGAGUGAUAUUCACCGUUUCCUCCAUUACUACAUAUUCUAUGAUCCCUCGGCAACGUUCAUGGCCGACAUAUUUGGAAAGACGGUUUACAAAUUUGCUCGAAUCAUUAAUCCGCUUUCUAAUCUGGAUCCUCACUCCAUUAAGAGUGCAGCAGAAUCUAUUUACGCCACAAUGUUUGCCGCUCUGGCCACGACAAGUCUCAAGCAACCACGCCGUAUUCCGACUGUGGCUCACGGUCAAGUCCGCACCGUUGUGACGAGGCUGUAUGUCGUAGAAUCUGUGGCCUGGGUUUUAAUGGCUAUUUUAUUAGCGAUGCUCCUGUGCACCGCUAGCUCACUGAUUUCUGUGCGCACCACGACCUCCAUCCUGCGUGAAGAGCCAAAGGGAUUGCUCUUCUACGCGCGGCUGCUCCACAGAAGUGAUGUUCUUUCACUCAUUAAUGACUUUGAUCAGCGGCACGCGCCGGAGGACAAGGCGCGAGACUACAUGAAGAGGCACUACAGCGCGUUCAUCGCAAAUGCAAGGUGUUACUUUGAUGAACAAGAGGCGAGAAUUCGGAUCGAGGGGGGAUGGCUAGAGCUCGGUCGUUUACCAAAGUUACGCUUGCGACAGAUGAAUUGGAUAAAGGGAAAGGUCAUAUCAAUGGGAAAAUGGAGGCAUGCCAUCGCGAAGAAGAUCAACGGGAGUGGGCUAUCGAGCAGAAGAAAGGUGCAGACGAGUUUUACAAUGAGGCCCCAAGGAGCAUAUCCUGAGUCUUGA